AUGGCCGUUUGGUUAUCUCUUGACUUGCAAGAACGGACGGAGCCAUUACGACUGGUGAUCGGUGGCGACCCAAACUUGGUGAUCCGCCAAAUUAGAGGUGAAAUCGACUGCAAGGCGCCUGGACAGACAUUACUCAGACAGAAUGCGUUAGACAGACUGCGGAUCCGGCCGGUUCAUGAGUUGGUACAUGUGAAGCGGUAUUGGAACGGAAGUGCAGAUAGUCGGGCUAGUGCUGCACUGCAAUCACAAUGUAGACUUAAGAUCGAAACCGAUAGCGACAUCCAGGAUCUGAUCACGUUGAACCGACUGGACGAGAUAUUGGUGGUGGAAUCCCACGAUCCGGCAGUGCAGAUCUCAGCCGUUACAACUAGAUCAAAGGCCAGAUCCGGCGUGAGAUUGGGAUCCAACUCCCCGGUAGUGUGCGAGGAAGUGAUCAGAGAGCUAAGGAUCGAGCGGAUCCGACAGACACAGGACGAAGAGGCUUGGAUCCACAAUUUGAAAAAGUAUCUGGUUGGUGAGAUACGCAAUCUGACGCAGGAAGAGGUCAGAUCUUGCGGAUUCAUCGCAAUGAAAUAUGAAGUGGAUGAGCAUGAUCUCCUUUUCUAUUGCCCCACUACGAAGGAAUCAGCUGCAGAUCGGGACAAAUUGAUGUGCCUGGUGUUACCUGAAACGCUGCAUCAAGAUGUUCUACAUCAUUAUAAUAUCAGCCUCCAAGGUGGACAUCAGGGGAUCGGCCGUACUUACGAUCGAAUCCGGGAUCAUUUCCACUGGAGAGGAUUGUACCGGAGUAUGCAAAGAUAUGUCGGGGAGUGUGUGGAUUGCGAGAUUGGAAAAGGGCGACCCAGGAUCCAGGGUGAAUCGCCGGGUAUUCUUCAAGCAACUUAUCCAUUCCAGAUCAUCGCUAUGGAUCAUAUCCCCUCAUUGCCCAGAUCAUAUAAAGGUAACACUGAGUUGUUGGUCUUCGAGAAUUUCUUCUCUGGUUAUGUGAUCGCAAACGCGAGCGGCUCAGGCUGUGGCAGAAUCCUACUAGGAAUCGAGGUGAUCCGCCAUGAUCGUGAACCUGGGUUUAUGUCCGAUUUCUUUCGCGUGUUUAACAACAUCUUGGAUCAGCGUCAACGUGCAACAAUGGCAUAUAGACCUCAGGCGAACGGAUCUGCGGAAAGGAUGGUGCAGACCACCACAAGGCCACUUUAG